AUCUAUUAGUUCAAGUUACAACCUCUGUAUCCCCCUUUCAAUUUGACAACCAUCUUCCCCAUUCCUCGAGCCAAACACCACCACCCCAAACACCCCGCGCGCCUUUCUGGGCCCAGAGUUCCACAGCCAGCCACAGCCAGCCACAGCCACAGCCACUAUCCUCGUCCAUCCAACCAGAGAGGAACUUGAGUGAAUUUUGAAUAUAACACAUGGCUCAGGCUCGGGAUUUAUCGGUCGAUGAUCUUUCGGACGAGUCGAGCUUCUAUGGUGAUGACGACGACGACGAGGUCAAGGACCUAGAACACCUCGUUACGAGCUACGACACCGGCUAUUACUGGACCAGGAUCCAUCCGUACUCUCUGAACACUAUCCGUCAGAAAGCGUUGCGCGCGAGGCACACGGCAAAAACAGAAGAAAGAGAAGCGAGUGGGAAAGCAGCCGCGAUGACCGACGGUACUAUUAUUAAGAAGGAAGACGGGGAUGAUGGCGCGGCGCCGCCUAGGUGUUACAGCUUUCCACCACCGGCUUCUCCAACUCGCACGACCGAACCAAAGAAUGAAGAGGCGGACGGCGACACGGUCAUGACUGGUGUUUCUGCCUCGGAGUGCAACCGCGUGAGACGCACAGCCUCGCGCGAGGUAGCUGCGGGGUUGACGCCAUCCAGUACGCCCGCUGAUGCGGUCGGGCCGUGGAUUUAUGUCGCAGCACCUCAGCUUAGACGGGGCCCGCAGCAGGCGGAGCUCGCGAGACUCGUGGCGGAGGGGACGAGGGCGUUGCAUCGGUUCGAGAAUGACAAGGCGGCGUUGCAGGUGCAGCGGGACAGGGCCCCGGCGGGGUCGAAGCAGGCGGCGACGCGGGCGUUGCUCCGUCGGCGGCAGGAGCUGGAGAGCGAGCUGUUCGCGCUGGCGAGGCAGACGGGCGUCGUGUCCGGGAAGUGGAUGCUGUUUAUCACGGCAGAUCGGGUGGACGAGUAUUGGACGGUGGUGGCCGAGGCGACCGUGCGCGGAGAGCUGGGAUUCGGGGCCAAGGUCGCAACGGAUGAUGGGCAGGGGAGGGCGCGACUGAUCGCAAUCUACACCCACGAUCAUGAGGACCGCGAGGAUGUGGCCCGGGUGCUGAGGAGAAUGGUGGAGUUGGAGCUUGUCAAGGCCAAGGAAAAGCCCAUAUACUAUAAGUGUGAUGCGUUCACCCAUCUGGAGAUCAUGGGGAACAAUCCUUGGGGAUUGAAGGCGAGUCGGUUUUCGAGUCGAGAUGUGUUGCGGGGUGAGUUGUGAGCUGCCGUUGUGGUGCUGGAUGUUCGGAUUGUGAAUUCAAGAAUGUGUACAUUUCG